GCUAUUCCUAUUCUUAAGGCACUUGCUGCAAACGACAAUCUACGCAACUAUUUAUUUAGACGCUUUAAACGCGACGAUCCUCCGCUCUACGCAUUGUCGACUAAGUUAGAAGAGUUUAACAAUAAUUCCCUUACGCCACUACUACCACUACUACGCGGCGAGCUACUAGAAGAGCUAAAAGCUAUUAUAGAGCAACUAAUUAGCGACGAUAAAAUAAAGCAUAUUGCAUUUAACAUAGGAUCUAUUAUAGACCCGGUCGAUUUCUAUUACACGGAAGCGAAGAGAGAGGAAGACUAA